AAGACUUGAUGGGUCAUUGAAAAUGAACUGUUGACCCAUCUGCUCACUCUUAUUACAACUUAACAAACACAUACUUCCCUAUCGGUUCACCGAUAGGCUAUUUUUGUGGGUUUUUAGUCAAACUUACAAUUUCAUUAAACUGUAACCUCACUGUUCAAAGCUCAUCCAUUUCUUUUAUGGCUCUUCUUCCAUCAGCAUCUUCUUCUUCUUCCUCCAAGAGAUGGAAGUACGAUGUAUUUCUCAGUUUUAGAGGCGAAGACACCCGCAAAAAAUUUACAGACCAUCUAUAUACUGGUUUGAAACAAAAAGGCAUAUCCACUUUUAGAGACGAUGAAAAACUCAAGCAGGGAACAUCUAUUACCUCAGAGCUCUUGAAAGCAAUAGAAGAAUCAAGGUUUGCUAUCAUUAUUCUAUCAAGAGACUAUGCUUCUUCAAAGUGGUGCUUGAUUGAACUAACAAAGAUCGUUGAGUGCAUGGAAAAGACGGGAUUAGUAGUUCUACCUGUUUUUCACUAUGUAGAUCCUAGUGAUGUGCGAAAUCAUAAGGGGACUUUUGGAGAAGCCUUUGCUAAACAUGAAGAGAGUUUCAAGGAUAGCAUAGAAGAUGUACAAAUGUGGAAAGCUGCUCUGAUAAAAGUUGCUAAUCUUGUUGGAUGGGAUUUAAAGGAUAGGCAUGAAUCAAUAGUUAUACAAAAAAUCAUUGGAAGGAUAUUUAGUGAGUUAAGUCACAAACUCCCAUGCUUUUCUAAGGACCUUGUUGGAAUGGACUCCUGUGUGGAGGAAAUGUUAGGUUCAUACUUAGGUGAAGGAUUGAGUGGUGUUCGCUUUGUUGGGAUAUGUGGGAUGGGCGGAAUGGGCAAAACAACUCUUGCACAAGAAAUUUAUAGAAGAAUUUCUGGGAACUUUGAAGCUAGUAGCUUUAUAGCUAAUGUUAGAGAUGAAACUAAAAAUCAAGGUCUAGUUUCUUUACAAAAACAACUUCUUUCUAAGAUCUUCAUGGAAAGUGAAAUAAAUAUAUGGAAUGUUUGUGAGGGAAUCAAUGUUGUAAGGAAUAGACUAUGUAAUAAAAAUGUUUUUAUUGUUCUUGAUGAUGUGGAUGGAAAAGAACAACUAGAAGCAUUGGCACGGAAUCAUGAUUGGUUUGGUCCAGGGAGUAGAAUCAUUGUAACAAGCAAAGAUAGCCAUUUGUUAAUAAGAUGUGGUGUGUAUAAUAUAUAUAGAGCCAAGCUGUUGAACAAUGAUAAUGCUUUGCAACUUUUUUGUUGGAGAGCUUUCCAUAAACCUCAUCCUGAAGAAAAUUAUGUGAAUUUGUCUAAGGACUUUGUGAACUAUGCUAAAGGCCUUCCUUUAGCUCUUAAAGUUUUAGGUUCUUCUUUGUUUGCUAAAAGAACGAAUGAAUGGAAAAGUGCCCUAGAUAAACUAAAAGAAGAACCUAAUAGAAACAUUUUGGAUAUACUUCAAAUAAGUUUUGAUGGGCUUACAAAUUCGCAGAAGGGAUUGUUUCUAGAUAUUGCAUGUUUUUUCAAAGGAGAGAACAAAGAAUGCAUAAGAGAUAUAUUGGAAAGUUUUUCUUAUUAUCUAGACUACAACAUUGGUGUUCUUAUGGAGAAAUCUCUCAUAACUAUUGAUGACCACGGAAUUUUGUCGAUGCAUGAUUUGCUGCAAGAUAUGGGUCAAGAAAUCGUUCGUCGUGAAUCCCCUAAAGAGCCUGGUGGACAUAGUAGAUUGUGGACUUAUAAAGAUGUCAUUCAUGUAUUGAAGAAUAAUACUGGAACAGACGUAGUUGAAGGCAUAAUGCUAAACCUACCUAUUCAAAAAGUGGAACAAUUGAGUGCUGAAGCCUUCUCAAAGAUGAAAAAUUUGAGAUUGCAUAAAAUUGGUAAUGAGAAACUUCCAGAAGAUUUCAUAACUAGUACUUUACAACUUCCAAAAGACCUCAAAAGGGGCAAGGUGCAACUUCCAGAAGGCCUCAGUUAUCUUUCUAAUGAGUUACGUGUUAUUGAAUGGCACGGAUAUCAUUUAAAAUACAUACCAACCAAUUUCCAACUAAACAAACUUGUUGAAUUGAGAAUGCAUUGUAGCAGCAUCAAACAAAUAUGGAAAGGAAAUAUGAUUUUAGAUGAGUUAAAGCUUAUAGACCUUAGUGACUCUCAAAACUUGAUCAAGACCUUGAACUUCAGUAGAGUCCCAAAUUUGAAGCAGUUGAUUCUUCAACGUUGUAUAAGACUAUCUAAGAUUCAUGCAUCUCUCGGAAAUCUCAAAUGGCUUAUUCGAUUGGAUUUGAAUGGUUGCAAGUGCCUUGAGAGCCUUCCACCCAAGAUCAACUUGGAAUCUCUUGAAAUUUUUAUUCUUUCUGGUUGUUCAAGACUAAAGAAGUUCCCAGAAGUUGAGGGAAAUAUGUCAAGAUUGUUGGAACUUUAUUUGAACGACACUGCCAUAAAAGAACUACCGUUGUCAGUGAAGUAUUUAACUGGCCUUACUAAAUUAGAUCUAAGAGAUUGCAGAAACCUUUCAAGUCUUCCAAAUGUUUGUUGUUAUUUGAUGUUUCUAAAAAUUCUCACUUUGUCUGGCUGCUCAAAAAUUGAUGAACUACCAGAGAAUUUGGGAAAUAUCAAAGGUCUUGAGGAGCUAGAUGUGAGUGAAACUGCUAUAACAGAAUUACCUUCUUCGUUUGUUCUCUUAAAAAAUCUAAAAGUACUAUCUCUUCGAGGAUGCGAAGGCUUAUCAUCUAUAUCAUCAAAUAAACUCAUCAGUUUUCCUUUAGUGCGAAAAAGAAGAGUAGAAUAUCCCACGGGCAUGUUAGGGCGUUCUCUUUCUGAUUUAUGGUCUUUGACCAAAUUGAAUCUAAGUUAUUGCAAUCUUCAUGCAAUCCCUGAUGGUCUUGGUUGUUUGUCCUCUUUAACACAAUUGGAUCUUAGGGGAAAUAAUUUUGUUUGCCUUCCUGAGAGUACCUCUCAACUAUCUAAUAUGAAGACUCUUCUUCUAUGUGGUUGCACACAUCUUCGAUCUUUGCCAGUGUCUCCAUUAAAUAUUGUGGAUAUUGAUGCAGAUGGUUGUACCUCACUGGAAAUAUUACCAUUAAGACCUGAAGAUGGUCCUUAUUCGGACCUCUGUCUUCUCAAUUGUGUUAAAUUGAUUAACAAUGAAGACUUCGGUGACAUGUUAUUAACAACGCUAAGACAUCACAUUCAAUUUAAGGGAGAUGAAUCCAUUUAUCAUAUUAUAAUUCCUGGAAGAGAAAUUCCAAAAUGGUUUAGCCAUCAAAGUUUGGGGACUUCAGUGAAUUUGCAAGUGUCUUCAGAUUUAUUAUGUAAUAAAUUAAUGGGACUCGUUGUGUGUGCUGUUUUUGUACUCCGCCAACAUCGUCCACUUCAUCAACUUAAUCCUUCUUAUAUGGAAGGUUAUAGAUUUACGCAUUGGCUUCGGUGGUACUUGAAAGCCAACGGAUUUGAAAGCAAACAGAUACUUGAUGAAUUUCCUUUUUCGGAAGAAUUUGGUAAGAUUGAAUCGUAUCAUCUUUACCUGAAUUUCUAUCCCCAGAAGUUACUGAAAAAAAAUUGGAGUCAAAUAGAAGCUAAUGGAUUUGGUCAAAUUGAGAUUGGAAUUAAAACCAAAGGUCCAGGAUUAGAGGUUACAAAAUGCGGGGCCCAUUUGAUAUUUGAGCAAGACAUUGAAGAUCUGAACCAAACUAUGCGUGGGUGCAGCAGCAACAGCAACUGUAGCAUCACUCCUUAUAGGGAUGAUUUGGAAGAUUCAGCAAAAGAUACCAAAACUGAGUGAAGAAUGUAACUACUAGUGGAGAAUGUAGCUUUAAUUAGGUAGAUGCACCACACUCAUAGAGGAUACAACUCCCUAAUCUAAAUGAAAGAUUCAUUCUGCGUUUGGGAAAUUGGAUUGGGAAUUUAAUUAAGCACACAAGGACAAGGUAACACAGAUUGCAAAAAAGAGGAAUCCCAGUGAAAGUAGUAGCUUUGAUGAAUCUGUACAGCUGAUAAUCUUUUUUUCUCUAAAUUUUUUCUAAGUCACCAUCCUUCUCACUUUUACGGAUCUAUUUAUUGUAGCUGUAUAUAUA